AUGUCGGGUCUUGAUGCUCCCGAGGUGGCUGCGGCCUACGACGCCGUCCGAUCAGACAAGGAUGAGACCAACUGGCUCCUUAUCUCGUACGCCAGCGCGGUGGGAAACAAGCUGUCGCUCACCAAGACGGGCACGGGCGGUCUGAGCGAGAUGGUGGGCGAGCUUGACGACGGGCAGGUGCAGUACGGCUACGUGCGCGUCGAGUACGCCAACGACAAGGAGAGCACGCGGGUCAAGUUCAUCCUGGUGGUCUGGAUCGGCGAGGGCACAAAGGUCAUGCGCAAGGCCCGCGUCAGCAUCGAGAGCGGCGACGUGAAGCGCCAGCUGUCGCAUCACAGCAUCGCCGUCACCACGGGGGACAGGGCCGAGCUGAAGGAGAAGGAUAUUGUGGUCACAUUGAGGAAGGCUGGCGGUGCCGACUACAACGGAGGACGUGGUUAA